AUGAAAUGGCUGGAAAUUCUUGUUGAUCUCGGAGCUAUUUGUGGUUUGACAUCAGUGAUACUAGUUAAUUUGCUUGCACAACCACGAAUAUUGUAUCGAAUGUCUAAAGAUGGUUUAAUGCCAAAUUGGUUCAGCAAAGAACGUCACAUACCAGAAACAGCUUCGCCAUCAGGUAUUUCAACCCAAUCGACUGACGUAGCUCCUCCUACUGUAAUACGAGAAACACCAUUUACAGCCACAAUUUUCACAGGUAUUGUGUGUGCUUUGCUCGGUGGGUUUCUUCCAAUUGAAUUUUUGAGUGAUCUAACAUCAGUUGGUUGUUUAUUUGCUUAUUUAAUGGUACACCUCGGAGUAAUCAUCUUGUUUUUUACCAACCGUGGUAAUCCAUCAAACAGCAAUUCUACCGACCGAGUUGCACGUCCUUCAGAUCAAAAGUAUUUUGACUUUCCAAGUAAAACAUUAUUUAUACCCAUUAUUGGUAUAUUAGGUUGUAUUCUUUUAAUGUAUAGCAGUAUCCAAGAAACAUCAAUAAGAUGGAGCAUUUGGACAGCAAUUGGCAUAAUUAUUUAUUUUGUCUAUAGUAUGAAUAACUCUAAGUUAGGAAAAAGUCGAAAAUCUUUUGAAAUGUCACCACCACGAGAUCGACAUGGUGACUUACGAUUGCAGCAACUGCAACAAUAUAAAACAGAACGCCAAACAGAACUAAAUGCUUAA